UCCUCCCACCCCCUCAUCUGGGGAGGAGUCCUUCAGAGGCAGCCGCAAGCCGGGAGCCAGCACUGCUUCUGCGCCCUCUCCUCUAUCUAGGAGGAAGGUCUGGAAUCUGCCGUCUACUGAGGUCGGGUUCCCAGGAUCAGUACCACAAGCCUGGACAGCGCCAGCUCCCUAAAGGGAAGUCUAGUCUUGGAGCCAGUUCACUGGGUUCCAAGGCUCCAGUCCCGAAGAUGAAUUGGGCAACGAUAACGUGCUGGACGCUCCUGCUCCUAGCCGCCUUCUUUUGCGAGAAUGUCACCAGCAAGGGAGGUCGUGGUGGAGCCCGGGGCGCAGCUCGUGGCAGGGGCCGCAGCAGCAGCAGCAGCAGCAGCAGCCGGAUGCGGAUGAAGUCGGCCCCCCGUUACAGCUCCUCCGGCUCAGCCUUCCGGGUGGCAGCUGCUGCCGCGGCGGCAGGGGCGGCCGCCGGGGCGGCUGCGGGGGCACUAGCUGGGGUCGCCGGGAGGAGAGUGUCCGGAGAGGUAGGCAUGAACGACGUCUUGGAGACGGAUUUCUACUACGGCAACCGGACCAAGGAUGGGGUCUACAGCUACAGGUGGACAUCAGGGACUGAGCCUUGGGGCGUGGAGCCUAAUCUUAGCCUCUGCUUGACGCUGGGUUUCUUUCAGCUGUUUCCUCUAUAGAGAUUAGCUUUUCUUGGAGGACCAUGACCUUGGCCCCCCAUAUGCCAUCUGCCCCCCACCUUCUACUUUCCUUAGCCCCACCUCCUUGUCCUAAUGGUUUCAUCUCCUACCUUCUACAGUAGCUUCUAAUGAGCUGCGCUCACUCCUUUCCUUUGAGCUCUUCCUUAACUACCAAUAAACCCUAAAGCGGCUUCAAGAGAGUUUGAGGAUGCAGAGGUGAAGGAGCACUAAGUCACCUGGACUCAUGAAAAGGGCCUCUAGAGAACUGUAGUCAGAGUUAAGUUGGGCAUUCUCCCCACAGUUCACUUUUCUAGGGCAUCAUUAGCCGCCGUUGACAUAGUCGCAUACCCAAUGGCAUUAGUCCCCAGGCAGAAACCCUUCCCCCAUUUCUUUCCCCUUAAGAAUAUCACAUGGGUUCAUCUUACAGGAACUGACUCACGUAGUUUCAAGAUAGUUCUCACUUCUGCCAGUGUUUAGGGGUGCUGAGAACAACUCUAUUCCCACCAGAUUCCAACUGCCGUGUCCCAACUCUCAUACUCUCUUCUGAGAAACCUAGAAGAGGUGCUGAGCCCAAGCCAAGGCUGAGGCGUGAUGACCAGCAGGCCAAGAGCAGCUAUGGAGGCUGAUACCUAAAUUGAGGCCACAUGAGGAACACUGAGCGGGUGCUCUCCAUCACUCAGAGAAGCAAUAGUAUCAUCCAAGAGUUUCAAGAUGAGGGGAAACCUGGACUGCCCCUUCACUGCCUGCCCUUUCACAUUAAGUCAUGGGGCGUAAUUUAAACUUCAAUAAAACCCAACUGAAGAGGGGACAAUUUGGUAGGCCCUUAAAAGAAAUUCAUUUGCUGCAGAAAAACAGAGGUGCCUCUGAAACAUUUCAUUAAACCAAGAAAUUUAUUUCUGACUAAAGGAGUCUUGAUGCCCCUUGCCAAGGAUGUCAUACAGAGGCCUCUGUUCCUUGGACAUGUUUUCUCUCUCUUUGGCUUUAGCUCAAGCUCAGCCCUUUGAACUAAUCUAUCUUCUGGCUGUGGCAAUACUUAACCACUCUGGAAACUGGUCUGUGGACGAUCACCUCAUUGAAGCCUGACUUCCCGACCUCCUGGAUGUGUGCCCAACAUUUGAUUGAAGGGUUUGGGGGAGAUCAUUACUUAAUACUAUGAGUGUGAAAUAAGAAGCUAACUCUCCUUAGGCUACCUUUAAGAGAGAAGUAUUACAUUUCAACUUAAGUGUCUUUUUCAUUCAAGGUAUUGUUGACCAAGAUCAGUUGCGGUAACAAGUCCUCAUCUGUCAACAGUAGGGAUUUUACCUACUAAUCCCUAA